AUGGGCGUGGCUGAUAGAGAUUUGUGGCAAGCUACUGUUUCCAAGCAGCUCAUGAGAGUUCGAGAGCUCCCUCUACCAAUAUUAACCUCUACACUGUACGCUGCUGCCUUUGCUGGGUACUCAAACGUCGACUAUCUCACUGAAAUCAGCUCGGAGGCUUUAAGGCGAUCUCGGAAUGUUCCCGUACAUUUGGUAGAGGCUGUUGGUCGGCUGAUGAGGGUGUGCGUGGAUGCUGAAAUUUUGGCAACUAUCGCUCCGUGGGAUGUUAUGGAACUAUCUUUGGAGGUGCCUGAUCGGUUGACGGAUCCACUGGGAGGAAACAUGAUGACGACGUUUUUCGAGGUCUCCUCGAUCGGUAGCAGCGGCAACGCAUUUAGUCACAUAUUGAGACUUAUGCAAGUGAAAGCGGCUGAACUCGGCAGAGACGAAUUGCUGGUCUUCCUACAGAGAUGGUCUAGAGUGGGAGAGGAAGAUUUCAUGGAACCUCUACUGUAUGCGAUGGAAAAGAUGAUAAUCGAUCAGCCGAUCGAUUUGCUUACACUGGCCAAGGCCUCUAAGUAUCUAGGACCAGGUCAGCGUCGCGGGUUGUCUCGUGCGACAAGGGCAGCUCUCGAGAAUCUCGACGCUCUGCCGACUACUGCUAUCAUCGCAUGUUCCGCUAUCUUACUUCCUCAAGUUGACCUCACUUGUCGAGGCAAGAUUUUCGAAGUGCUCUCGAGGUGUGUCACCGCCGUAGACGUCCCCCUCCUACCCGUCUUGCAACUCUGUCGAGCCGUCUGCGACCUGCAACCACCGGUUGUUACCGACUCAUUAUCGGGUGGAGCGAUGGAGUUGGGCAGAUGUCUGAAGAAUUGGGUGACGAGUGGUACGGUUCCAGCAGCACUUUUAAGCGCGAUUAUCGUGCUCGAUGGAGAUGCCGCAGUUGAUUUCGAAAGGAGCGUAUUGUCAUUCGAUGGUAUAGCUGACGUUUGCCGUCUUCUGGAGGCGUGCAAACUUCAGCCAGGCAGAGUUGAUGGCAUCGUUCAGAGGUGCCUUACAUACUCACCGUCCGGAGGGUCAGUCAUCGUCAACGGAGAUUUCACUUUAGCGAGUCGAUAUCUGAGAGCUGCGGGCGAGGCUUUAAUGAGAACUACUAAGGUCGACUAUGCAGUUGAUCUCACAAUCUUACGGGAAUUUACGGUAUGGAAAUCACCAUCGCUGCAGUGCUCUGUGAGCGCCUUGCUCUUCUCUGUGGCGCGACUAGAGACGGUGAAAGAUGAAGCAGGAUCUGACCUCGACAUGCUGGCUAAUACCAUCGCGGAGUUGCUCGAUCGACUAUCGCGUUAUAAGGGUCAGCUCUCGUCCGAAGCAGAUGCCAGGGUCCUCAAGCGCUGUGUGGAGGUGUUGAAGAAAGAACACAAGCAACUCCCUCACUCUGAAGAUGGUCAACCCGUUGAGAACAUCAUCGAACCACAUACUGGAGGAAGACUUGAGCGCUCAGACACCACAGCUGAUGAGGAGGCGUUAAUCAAGGAGGAAGAGGCCGUCGAUUGGAUAGACGAAUAUCUCACCCGUCCAGAAUGUGAGAUGGACUCAGUGGUGACAGGCUAUAAGGAAGAGUUGCACAGACCACCCGUGUCACCACGAGAAGGCACCUCCCCACUGUUGCACUCCACUAGCAGUCCUGUCGUUGAUCACAUCUUACUGCUCGUGCAUGGUAUAGGCCCAGAUGAUGAACAUCUCAACGACAAUCUCGACACUAUGAGGGAAACCUUCGAAUUCGUCAGACUUCACUGGUUUUGGUCUAUGAAAGUCGAUUGCCACAUUGAGAUGGUCAAUUGGAAGCAGCAUGUUUGCGAUUCCCAGAGACGUAUGUUCGACAAAAUAACACCGCUCCGCUCGGGUGGUGAACAAUACCGUGAAACCCGUAUGCUCCUGAACGUGGCCAUGGCUGAUGUGAUCUAUUACAUUAUCCCUGACAAAAGGGAAAUCAUCCUGUCAACAGUCACAAGGCUUUUGAAUGAUAAAGUAGCUCAGCUGAGAGAAGCCGACCCGAGACGGUUUGGUGGCAGUCGAGUAUCCCUCGUUGGACACUCUCUUGGAAGUGUCAUCAUCAACGACAUACUCGACCAAGACCCGAGUCUUUUGGAUUUCAAAGUUGAUCGCUUCUUCUUAUGGGGAUCUCCUCUGGCCGUUUUCUUAAGUGUCGCAGAUGGUCCGACAGAAAGUCGAUUCGGUCUACCGCACAGAAUGGACGUUUAUAAUAUCUUCCAUCCGCACGAUCCUGUUGCUUUCCGAUUGGAUCCUUUGAUAACCGGUGAUGACCUCGAGGAGCCUCUGGUGUUGCCUCACUGGGAUAAUAGCGAACUGAGGUCGGCCAGACAGUGGCAACGCGAUAUCGAUCAUGCUAAAAGGCAAUUCACAGGGACGUGGAUGCAGAUGAUGUUCGCCACUACGAGUGGAGACGAUGGGCCACCGGUCGAAGCAUCUCGGGAGGUUGCCUCUGAUGCUCAACAUCGAGUCGACUAUGUACUGCAAGAGUCCACGACCGAGGGUAUCGUUCACUCCAUGCACAGGAUGAGUAUCAUUAGUGCACACUCCUGUUAUUGGAGUAGUCGUGACUUGGCUAUGUUCAUGCUUAAAGUGUUGACUGGUAGCCACAAGGCGUCUGCUCCUGGUGAGCCCUCCCGUCAGGGGCUCGUCCAGCUGCCGUUGCUUGUCUCGUCGAAGUCUUCUCCCAUCGAUGUGUUGGUUGAUGAAAAGCUGACUGAACAGGCAGUCUUGAGUUUCAGAUAA